AUGGUAUUCAAGGCAGUGCCUCCAAAUGAAAACUACAAGGCUCAAUAUAAAAUUCAGAAUAAUCCUACAAACUACCACCUCCCAAUGUCCCAUAGACGUUCAUUACAUCAUCGUGACCAUGAUCAUAGUCAUGGAGAUUCAAAAACAAAGUCAAGGGUGGGCCCUGAUGGGAGGGUGUACCAUAGCCACGAUGGACUGGCACCUCAUUCACAUGAAUCUAUAUACUCCCCGGGUUACUUCAGCAGAAGAUCUCCACCACUUCUCACAAGGGAUUUCAAUGAAAGAGCUUUCGCCGUUGGCAUCGGUGGCCCAGUUGGUACUGGGAAAACAGCUUUAAUGCUUGCUCUCUGCCAAUUUUUGCCGGACAAGUACAGUCUUGCUGCAGUGACAAAUGAUAUAUUCACAAAAGAGGAUGGUGAGUUCUUGGUGACAAAUGAUAUAUUCACAAAAGAGGAUGGUGAGUUCUUGGUAAAACAUGGAGCACUUCCUGUGGAAAGGAUACAUGCUGUGGAAACUGGGGGCUGCCCACACGCUGCCAUUCAUGAAGACAUUAUCAUUAAUCUUGGCCCUCUUGAGGAGCUCUCCAAUUUGUACAAAGCAGACAUACUUCUUUGUGAAUCAGGGGGAGAUAAUUUAGCUGCCAACUUCAGUAGAGAACUGGCUGACUACAUCAUCUAUAUAAUAGAUGUAUCUGGUGGUGAUAAAAUACCUCGGAAAGGUGGCCCCAGCAUCACCCAAGCUGAUCUCCUUGUAAUAAACAAGACUGACCUUGCGCCUGCAGUUGGAGCUGAUUUAACUGUCAUGGAGCGGGAUGCACUUCGAAUGCGUGAUGGAGGGACAUUUGUCUUUGCUCAGGUGAAGCAUGGAGUUGGCAUAGAGGAGAUCGUGAACCACAUUUUACAGGGAUGGGAAGCAGUGACCGGGAAGAAGCGUCGCUGACCCUUCUCUCUCUGGAAGUUGAUGUUGUAUCUUAUGUUGCUGUCGUGUUGGGUAACUUUUCAAAUGCCUGUGUGCCAUCACUUUCAAUAAUUUUAAUUUCAAUUAUGUUCUACUAAUAUGAUUAUCCAAGUACUAAUAUGAUUUUAGUUCCUUUGGGAGUUAAUUUCCACUGACAGCAUGGUGUGGUGAAGCUCUUUGAUAAUACACAAGUAAACUGAUGUAGCAGACACCCUAAAGGCCCAAAGGGUUUCUCCACAUAGACUGCCCAAAAGCUUCACAGAAGCGCCAAUUUCUAUGUGCACAACCUAGCCAGUUGCUGCUGCCUUCGACAUAAAAGGAAGCAUUCCCAUCUUUAACAUUUCAAACCUUAUUUUCACCCCUGCUUGCUUUGACCCCCGCUUUCUUGUUUUCCCCCUUAUUUGCCACGAAAAAACUGCCUUCUUGUGCCCCCCUGCAUAGAGGGUACUCUACUACUACAUGUU